CCUACGCGUGACCUCACUAUCAAGAGGUCAACAUCACGCCCAGACUUUGGUAAUCAUGGCAUGAAUGGAUGAAUCAAACAUGAAACGCUGCAGUCAAGAUACAAUGAGUCUUUUCUCUCGGGGGCAUAUAAUUACAGAUUGACAUGGCCGGCGGAAAAGUGUUAGAAGAAACCUACCACAAGUGGUUACAGUAUAAGGACGACUGCAUCAAGAUGAUUGAAAAUGAGCCUCUACCUGAAGAUGGCUUGUUUUGCAACAGGACCUUUGAUAGAUACGCCUGCUGGCCAGAUGCUCCUGCUGGAUCUCUUGUGAACAUCUCCUGUCCUUUCUACCUGCCCUGGUAUGAUCAAGUGUCGCACGGCGUGGUGCUGCGCCGCUGCGGCACCGACGGUUUUUGGGAGCGUGAUGAGAAGGGCCACGUGUGGAGAGAUAAGUCCCAGUGUGAAGAGGAAAAAGAGGUGGCAUCCCAGGAGAUGUGGCUCAAAAAAAUGAUGUUGAGCUUCAGGACGUUGUACACGGUGGGCUACUCCCUUUCUCUCCUCACUCUCGUUACUGCUCUUGUUAUUCUACUGAGCUUCAGGAAACUGCGUUGCACGCGGAACUACAUCCACGUCAACCUCUUCCUGUCCUUCAUCUUGCGAGCCGUGUCCGUCAUCGUGAAGGACACCAUGCUGGAACGACACUGGGGACGUGAGAUCGUGAAACCCGGCGACGUGAGCGAGAUGCUCAGUCAUCAGGCUGCUAUCGGUUGUCGGAUAGCUCAGGCGCUGAUGCAAUACUGCGUGCUGGCCAACCACUACUGGUUCUUUGGAGAAGCCAUUUAUUUGUACUCGGUGCUGAUUGCCUCGGUCCUCAUCGACAGUAACAAAUAUUUGCCUUACAUCUGUCUCGGCUGGGGAACUCCGCUUCUCUUUGUGGUUCCCUGGGUGGUGAUGAAGAUUCUGAAAGAAAACAAAGAAUGUUGGGCUGUCAACGAGAACAUGAACUACUGGUGGAUCAUUCGUUCGCCCAUUCUUUUUGCUUCGCUCAUCAAUUUCCUGAUAUUUGUGAAGAUUCUGAAGGUUAUUCUAUCCAAGCUACGAGCCAACAACCAGAGUGACUAUUACAGUUACAAACGCCGGCAAGUCGUGAAGAUGUAGCUCGUAAUUAUAAUGGUGAAUUUAACUUUGAAACCAGGCUGCUGUUUAUUUCACCUGACUAGGCUCGCCAAGGCGACGCUGACCUUGAUUCCCUUGUUUGGCACUCAUGAGGUCAUCUUCAUCUUUGUCACGGAUGAACAAACGGCAGGAGUUCUGCGCUACUUUAAAGUCUUCUUCUCACUUUUUCUCAAUUCGUUUCAGGGCUUUCUCGUGGCGGUUCUUUACUGCUAUGCAAACAAAGAGGUGAGGGAAGAGUUGAAGAGGAAAGUGCGCAUCUGGACGACAGAAACACGGCUCGUGUGCUGUGGACAGUGACUAGCCGGCGUCAAAACCCGCGUGAACACUUUUUCUAUCGCCACAGUGCCAGAAAGUAACAGAUCCUCCGAUAGCACAAGUUGGCCAUCGCCCACCUCCGACAGUUCCCUAUUCCAACGUCACAUUCAGAGGGCUGACCAGUGUCAUGAGGCCUCACUGUUACAAUGUCCCGCAGCUAUAACGGGCGAUGCCGCCCCGCGGCGUGCAGAUGGCCAUGACGCCGUGCUGGUAAUAUCAACAGGCAUGCAGGUGUCGUUCCAAAUUCAUCUUCAGGACCCUGUGGAGUCACUUCCACAUGUUGCUGAUUUAGAGUCAGACUAAACACUGUAAUUAUGGUUCAUUUGAAAAUAUUGUAUGAUUUGUUUUUGGAAGGGGUAAAAUCGUUGUUAUUUAACAUGUCUUGUCACUGGUUAUAAAGUCUUGUGAUAAUGUA